AUGCUCAUCGAAAAACUAAUAACAUAUCUUGCGCUUGUAAUAUAUUUAGUUGUUCCGUCUCGGUUGUGUGAGGGCGCUCUAAAUUCAAAGAAUGAUAUAACUGUGAUUGAGCCUGUGAGAGGAGCCAUGUGGAUAUCGGGACAACACUCUUACCCUAUCACAUGGACUCAGUCGAAAUUCUGCUUCAAAUGGAAUAUAGAACUGUUGGAUAUUGAAGAGAGAAAAGUCGCACAGAUUUCAACGGGACUAAGCGAGUUUAAAGAGGGAAGCAUGCGUCAUGUUUGGCUUAUUCCACCAACAAUUCAAAACGGCGAUUAUGUGAUCAAAAUUUGUGAGAACAGCGCUCCUGAAAAUUGUGGUAGGAGCAAUUCAUUCUUUAUUAGGACCACUAAAGGUAAGAAACGUUAACGUGGAUUUAUAACAAAGUGUUUUCAGCAGCCGUUACCGUGUUUACCCAGCUGUAGUGUAGGUUGUAUUUUGUAACUGUUGUCAUUACGGCAAACAAUUCUUCAGUGGCAGAUUAUUUUAACAUAAGCUUCAUUUCUUUGACUGUUUAUAACUAAAUAGUCAUCUUUGUGAGGAGGAUAAGGCCAGCUAGUUUUGAGAUAACUUGGUGCAAUUGAUGGUCAAAUAACAGGAAAAUUUUAUUGGUUUAUUAUCAAUUCCGGAAAACACAAAAUAGAACGGAAAUUUACGUUCUCAACAUAAGCUCACUUGUUGUAUAUAGUUUUUAUUUUUCUACUGAUAUUGUUAUUAAUUCGCAGACGUCAUUUUAUGAUGGGAAACUCUAAAAUAUAUUUUUUUUCUACCAGCCUUUUCCGACCAAUAAGAAUAGAUUGAUUCGUCAGUUAAAAAUUAGAAAUUUAGCAUAAACCUUCACCCUCAACUUACACCGUAGUCUGUCAAAAAGCUUCAACAUAUCUACUGUUAUUUUUGUCUUGUAAUUUUACUGUUGACUAUGUUUUCAAGAGAACAGUCAACGAAAUAAUUAAGUGAUGUUGUAUUAUUUUCCUCCUUAGUGAGAAAGUAACCGACAUCUGAAACAUUAACGAUAAGGAAGCCGAUGACAAACAGCGUUAAUAAUUAUGAGAGGUCGUACAGUUACAGAGGAUAUCACACGGCCGCUUGGAGAUACGAAGUUUCCCUUCUGGUGUUGUUUUUCGUGUUUUCUUUAUUAUUAUUAUUAUUAUUAUUAUUAUUAUUAUUAUUAUUAUUAUUAUUAUUAUUAUUAUUAUUAUUAUCAUCAUUAAGCAGUAUUAGUAUUGCUUACAAUACUCACAGUACAACUUAAAGAAACAUACUCUACUGAAAAUACUUACUCUACAUAGUACAGUACUACCUAUACUACUUACGAUUAUAUAGAAUUCUAACAUUACUUAUAAAACUCACAUAACUAACACGAGAGAAGACAGUUCGUAUCUCCAAGCGGCCAUGUAAUAUUCUAUUUAUCAUUUAUACACAAACGAAACUCUAAAUUAUUUCACUGUAAUAUUUUGUUAAAGUAGAACAACGUAAUGAUGAUCUUUUCACAUGUGAAGAUAACAUGUUAGCUUCACGUGUGAAGAUAACAUGUUAGCUUCACGUGUGAAGAUAUCAUGUUUUCGCGCGAAAGCUCACUUUGAAUUUCACUUGUUUUUAUAUGUUAAAAAGGUAUAUUUUCCUAUAUACUAGAGAUUGGACAUGCCGAAGAUACUGAUUUUGACGCGUUUUCCCCGAUACAUACUCCUCAAAUGAAAGAAACACUUACCUUUUCUGGUAACGCGACGAACAAUGAGAGGUCCGCUGUCCAACGCAGGUUACCGCAUGAGCUGCGCCGACAAAAGCGCACGGAGCGAGAACGGCUCUACUUUAAAUACAUGUCUGAGCGGAUUAGACAUGACCCAGAUCAAUUACAAUGCGCAAUCGAACGCGUCCAUCGACCAUCAAAAGAGACAUUUGUGGAGCAGUAUAUGAAGCCUCGAAAGCCUGUCAUUUUAACAGGAAUGAUGGAUAACUGGGAAGCAAUGAAAUCCUGGAGUUUUGAUAAACUCGGUGAGGACAACUGCAAUUUAGCUGGCGAGUGCCAAAACACAACAAAUAUUUCUCCCGUUAGAUAGUACACGACUCUAUAAGUAUUACAGAUGUUAUCGUUCUGAUAAUAAUCGCUGCCAGGAAGCUGGAAAGAUCUUUCCGUUGGAGCGAAGGACUACCGCUCGAACUGUCAAAACUCUUCACUUCGGCCAAUUUACAUUAUCAACUCAGAUGUCAAAACCAAGUUAUCUUGUUACAGUCCCCCACCGAUCCAGCACCGCAAUUUUUUAAAGAAAUUUCCCCCCUUUACUGAAAAUGAAUGAGAACAGCUGAACAACAUAGAAGGGAAGGUACUAACGAAUUAGAUCUUGGGAGUCAUAGGCCAAGUUAUGCUCCACUGGUGUUAGAAAUUCGCAUCCACUGAUUAAACUAGUCACAUUGAUGUGGAAACACUUAAUGACUUUCCUUGCAGGUAGUAUCCUCACUAAAGGAGUGAAGGUUGACAUCAUGGAGAAUACCACUCCCUAUUCACAGUGGAACGAAUUUCGUGCACUGUUUGCUGACAUGUACAAAGAUCCAGCCCAAGUGAUUAUGACAGAUUUCCAUCAGAUUUACCCUGAGCUUAUGGAUGCAAUAAAUUUCCCGAAAUUUUCUAAAGACUAUUUUGAGGUCAGUAGCCCGGUUUUGGACUAGAAGAUUCUUAUUCGAACUCAGAUGCAUGUUGAAAACCAAUAUAUCUCCGAAAGAAAAAUACUGGUCCAGUUAUUUUCUUGAUUUCUACUUUCUUAUGUUUUGUCUCUUGGCUGGUUUUGUUUUGUUUUGUUUAUAUAUGUGUACGUUUGGGUGUUUUUGGUCUAUAAGCUUUUUUGCGAUCGUUUCUUUAAUAUUCCUGUUACUUUGUUUGUUUGUUAAAUUCUUUGGGAGACAUAAGCGGCAAGGUCCUUAAGAUAAAAACCUUAAUGACUGCCUGUAAAUGGUGAUUCAAAUGAAGGUUCACAUAAUCGUAUUCUCUCGAACCUAUGUUAGCUGCAGGCCACUGGACGAAAUAUUUAAUCUCGUCCUUUGUCAAUGGCCAUCUUAAUACAAAGGUAUUAUUAACACUUGUAUCUUUUGCGAUCUAAAUCAUGAGUAGACAAUGCUGUCCAGCCUUUUUUCUCUAGAAAAGAAAACUGAUUUGGUCGUGGAAUCCCCUUAAUAGAGAAUUCAUUUAUCUACCAUUCUUUAUUAUCGAGAUAUCGCUUCAUCUUUUUAAAUAUUCAGGAAGUUGUAGACGAAGAUAUUCGUCCUCCCCAGCUUUCUUUUGAGAUGGCUCCAACAAGAUCUGGUUUUCACUGGCGCGUAGAGGCACUAAAUGCCUCAUUAUGGAGUGCUCUGAUACAAGGCAAAAAGCUUUGGGGUCUUUAUCCACCAUCAAAGUAUUAUGUACCAGGUGCUUUACAUUUCUUUUUUUUUUCGUUCAGUUGUCUUCUGUCUUCCUUUUGACUGCUUUGUAUGGGGUGGUCAAAUUCGUCUAAACGUUUCUUCCUAGUCCUUGUAUAGGUUCCUUCCCUGUCUUAACCCUUUAAUUCACAAGAGUGACCAAGACAGAAUUUCUCCUUACAAUAUCAAUACAAUAUCAAGCAGACCAGUGAUGAGAAUAAAGAAAAAUAUCAAUUAGGGGAUUAUAAGUUGAUCCAAUACCAAAUUAUCCAUACUAACAUCACAAGAAUUGUAUGGUAGACAGUAAGGAGAAUUGCUAAUGAGAUCUUGGGAGUUAAAGGGUUAAAUUUUGGACAGCGGCUUCAAAGCAGACUGUGGCCUUCUCCUACGGUCAUUGACUUUCUAAGGUUAUGAACAUAAAUUUCAAAAACUAAACCCUUUGUCUAGCCUUUAAAAGCAUCAAAGUUGUAAGUUCUUAGCCAUUUCACUUAACCCUUGAAAUCCAUUGAUCUAACGAUUUGAACUAUAAUUUUCCGGCGGUGUAAUUGUUACACAUUUCUCUGAUGAGUGCGUGAAAUGAAUUUGAUGUCAAAUUCAAACACAUACCCAGGUGACAUGUGUAUCCAUUAUUAUCAUCUUAAUGUCGGAUAAUAUUUUGAUAUAAUCUGAAAAUACCCUUAAUCAGGUUACAAAUGAGAACUGAAUUAAUCGUCCUUUAGGAGUAAAUCACAAUAAUCAUCGAACACAGAAUUCUCAGCAGUCUGAGUCAUUUACCUGGUGGAUUUAUACUAAACCUGAGUUACAAGAUGAACACAAACCACAGGAAUGUCUACAGGAGGCAGGGGAGAUACUUUACAUCCCCUCAGGCUGGUGGUGGAGCAAUGUCAACGUAGACGACACAAUUACCAUGCAGGUAACAUUCUCAGAACCAGUGUCUGAAGUUCUGUUUUUUGGUUUUGUUUUGUUUCGUUUUUUUUUUUUACCUGAAGGAGAACUGUUUUCCAGAAACAAUACUAGGUACAGCCUUACAUAAACGAUUAAAAAGUUUCUUUUAAAUUCGCUUAAAAUUCAACUAGCCAGUAACCUGGACUUAUUUACAUAACAGAAUUCAACUCGAAUAACAGGAACUCAAACGCGCAGUUCGUACAAAUAAAUAUUUUUGUAAUAAAUGACAACGUAGUGAGCCAUUUGCACUUUUUUAUCUUCUCUACAGAAAUCCUUUUGUGACGAAACAAACAUCCGAUCCUGUAUGGACGAGUUGAAAGAAUUAGGUGACAGUAUUGCUGACAACUUCCACGCUGAUGUUUACAUCCAGUUGCGUAACUACUUGGCAAUUCAUGACCCAGGGUUUCUCACAGAUGACGACCGACAAUUUAAGUCUCCUAUAAGAGACCUUGGACAAACUAACAGUGAUCACGGAGAGAAUUUCCACCAAAAUGUGUGGAAGGUUAGCCAUUUUUCCUUGCUUUCGUAUGCGCUUGAAUCGAUUAAAAGAUUAUUCAUAUAUCUAAUGAAAUUGUUCUAAUCGCUUCAUUUUCAGAAAUACUUUGAGGAAGGGAUUGAUGAUGCAAAAUUCUCAAGCAAUCGUGAUGAUGAGGCGAAUGUAUGAUGGGUAAACUCACUAAUGUGAUUGCCUCUCUGGCUGUAAAUCUCGUUCGUUUUCUCUCACAACACUUGAGGAUUUGUAUGAAAUCUCGAUGGAAGAUUUACAAGGAAUAAUCCAUGCUUAACACAUAAUUCACAAACCUCUUAGAAACUUCACGGAAGCCCCGCCUGGCAACCAUUGCACACGCAUAGUGACAUAACCUUUAGUGCAAACCUCACAAGUUGUUUAUUUGCCAUAUUUCGCUGCAACUUUCGGAAAUAUCUGUAAUCAAAAGAUGCGUCGUAUCCAUGCAUGUUUUAUGUAGUACUGCAUAGAUUCUUGGAAGUUCGUGACAUCGGAAAUUGCUUUUCCACUCGUUUAAUUUGGAUUGAUGCGCUAGCUAUGAAUAGACGCAAAUCUGGUGAAGUGCAAAUGCAAUAUGAGUAUUGGGGUAACUGAAAGAUGAAUGUUAUCGGAU